AUGAAAAAUGAAAAAAUAAACAAAAAUCAUUCGAAUGUUUCAAUAGAUUUUGAUUAUAAUUACGAGGAUUGUCGCGAUGAUAAUGAUGAUGAGAAUGAGGGAAAAGUUAAACCGUGUUAUAAAAAGAGAAUAAUUAAAAUAAGGAGAAUAGGGAAAACGAGUAAUAAUAAUAAUAAUUCGGUUGAAAAGAAUAACUCACCAUUUCGACGACGAAAUGAUAAUAAUAAUAAUAAAAAUAAAAAAGAUGGUGGUCGUCCACCGAAAGGCGGUGAUAAGAAAUUUUAUAUAAAUAUAGAUUACAAAAAUUUAUUAUCGAAACGUGAUAAUAAUAAUCCGACGACCGAAAAUAAUUAUGAAAAAAAAAAGGAUUUAAAUGUUCAAAAUGAAAGUUUUCCAACGGAAUCCCACCGACAGCAAUUAUUUAUACAAUUUUGGACUACGGCUCAGUAUAAUUACGAUAUGAAUAAAAUAACGAAUCCCCCAAAUUAUGACGAAAAUUUUCAAAUUAAGAAAAAAUCCUCGUCGGAUUUUAAUUUAAAAAAAAAAUCAAAUGAUCCCCGUGAAAAUCAUUUAAAAUUUGAGGAUAAAAUUUGGAAAUCCAAAGUUUUAGAAACCGCAACGACGUUAGACGGAAAUUUUCUAACGGAUAAUAAUAGCAAUAAUAAUGACGAUGAUGAUGAUGAUGAUAAAUCUAUGGAUGGGUUCGAAAUGAGAAUAUUAAAAAAAUUAAUAAGUGACGUCAUGUUACAUAAAAAAUACGUCGAAAUCAAUAAAAUGGAGUCGAAAAGAAAUUUAUUACAAGACAUUUCAAGAGGCAGUGAUGUCGAAUAUGAAUCCCUGGAAGAGAAAAACGUUUUGGUAAAUGGCGACGAAAUUACGUCUAACGACGACGAUGAUAAUAAUAAUAAUAAUAAUAAUAAUAAUAGUUACUGUUAUUUUUUAAAUAAAACGAUAACUAAUGAUUUAGAUUUAGGAGAUGGCAAUUGUAAAAAUUUAAUUGAUUUUACCGAUGACGAUAAAAAAAAUGUCAACGACGGUGAUGAAAUAAUAAUUCGAGAUGUAGAAGAAAAUAAUCGUUUGGAAAAAAUGGAAAAUGAUUUGGAAAAUGAUUUGGAAAGUUUUUACGACGAAGGAGACGAGGAAAAAACCAAAGGAUGCCUACAAGAAAUGAUAAGUUCAGAUGAAUUUACAGAUGCCGUAGAAGAUGUUUUCAUCGAUAAAGAAGAUGGUUUAAAUAAUACGACAGGAAGAGGAGGAGGAGGAGUUAAAAGAGUAGAAUUUAGAAAAAAUCCAUCUUUGGAUAAUAUAUUGACGAUAAAAGAAGAAGAUAAUUUAAUUGAAAAUCAAGGUUCGGACGAAUCAUUUUCUUUGUAUUAUUCGAAAGCAGCAGAUUUAGCAUCACCGCUGUUGGAUAUGAAAAGAUUCAUUUAUCCCGAUCACAUUCACUACAGUUAUAAACACGUUAAGAAAAAAGGUUUCGACGUCGACCUCAACGGAAGUCUUCCACUUUUGGUAAGGCAAAGUUUAACUAUGAACGAUCCAAUAAACGUUAAAAAAAUGUCACUCUCUCAAAAACCGGAAAUGAAAAUAACGAGAAAACCCAUGGAUUUAUCAUUUGCGGCGAGUACGGCAUUUUCCGAAUGGCAAAAUCUCGAACAAUACGAUCCGAAUGAAACGCAUAAUAAAAAAGAAGACGUUCAACAUUCGAAAUUUUUAAAUAAAAAAAAAAAUAUUAAUAACGGUGAAAAUGAAGAAUGGGAAAAUGGAAAGAAAAUAUGUUCAAAACGAAAUUCGCGUCACGACGACGACGACAACAACACGGCGAGGGAUGAAAAAUCACGGAAGGGUUUAGAUUUAGAAAAGGGUAGAACGGAAAGUUAUGAAAAAUUUAUGAAAAAAUGUCCGAAAGGUGAAAUGUGGAUACACGAAAAACUUUAUAAAACUUAUAAGAAAUUUAAUAAAAAUUAUUGUCCGGAUGUGAAAGUUAAAACGGAUUCGAAACCUCCGACGCAAAUAAGUUCGACACAAUUGCAUUCGAAUAAGGGUAGAAUAAAUUCGACUUAUAAUCCCGCCAUUUUUUUAAACGAAAAUAAAUCUCGCGUCGAACGUGAUAAAAAAAUCGAAACACCGAAAGAAAGAACGAAAGACAUGUUUGCCAAAUUAGAAAGGGAAAUUUUAUUUCAAAGUAAAAAUUUUCAAAAGCAUAAAAAAAUUUACAAAGUUUUGCCAUUUGGAGUUGGUUGCGCUGGUAUGCUCGGUCUUCCAUCACCAUGCCUUCCACCACCAUGCCUUCCACCACCAUGUCUUCCACCACCAUGCCUUCCAGGAUCUCCAUUGGUUCCAUCUUCCAUGCUUCUUUCUUCUAUGCUCGGAGCUUCUGGUGCUUGUUUGCCAGUUGGUGUACCACCAUGCCUUUCUCCAGCCGUCCCAUUUUUGCCACCAGCUUGCCUUGGAUCCGUUUUGCCAGUUCCACUCGUCCCAUCUGCUUGCGUUUGCAAAUAA